ACCAAUCUUUGAAAUAAAAAGGACCAUCGGAAUCCUUGAAAUCCAACGCAUCCGUGAAACUACGUUCUCGACGAUAAAAUUUAAUAGAUAAUAAAAGCAAGGGAAAAUCUCUUUUCUCCAAGACCAGUUCGUAACAAUCCUGCCGUUAAGCCCGACGAGGGAAAAUAUCCGUGGAAGCUGCGCCCGGAUGAAAAGGGUUUCGCAAAUGUGCUGAUCGAUCGCGUUUCGUCCUCCUCCCGAUCGUAGAUUCGAAUAUGCAAAAGGAGCAAUGUGGAAACGGCGGAGGGUCGCAGAAUCCUCGAUAUACGAGUACGAGGAAGGAAGAAGGGGUGCAUGGACCGGUGAGGUCGAACAGGGUUGCUGGGCAUGCGCCGACGUUCCUGUCCUCUCCAGAUACUAUGAGCGGUGGUGUCUACGGCGGAGACGAGGUCGGUGCUAUAAUUUUCGACGUUGGACACCAGAGCCUUCGCGUGGGUUAUGGCGGUGAGGAUACACCGAAAGCUGAAAUUCCAACCACCCUCGGUGUAUGGGAGGACACGAUCGACUCGCCGGACGGCAGUCAAAACGUCAGGAAGCACUACAACAUCGAUGUCACGGCCAUUCAAGUGCGAAAGAAGGAUAUGGAGAUGGUUAGCUUAAUGAAAGACGGCAUGAUCGAAGAUUGGGAGAUGUUCGAGCGUCUAACAGAGUACACGUAUAAACAACGUCUUCAUGCUCUUCCGGAGCAUCAUCCGAUCUUGAUGACCGAAUGUCCCUGGAACACCAGAUUGAAACGGGAGAAAUUGCUAGAGCUGAUGUUCGAGAAAUUCAGCGUUCCAGCCAUGUACAUCUGCAAAAACGCGGUUUUGGCCGCGUAUGCGAACGGCAGAUCGACGGCCAUGGUCGUAGACAGCGGUGCAACUCACACGAGUGCGGUUCCGGUGCACGACGGUUACGUUAUCACCCAGGGAAUCGUAAAAAGCCCGCUGGGCGGUGAUUUCAUCACGAUGCAAUGCAGACAGUUCUUCGAAGAAAAGGAAAUCGAGUUGACGCCUGCUUGUCUGGUAGCGAGCAAAGAUGUAGUUCGCGAAAGAGAUACACCACGUUGGACCAAAAGGGCUGGACCUCAGCCAACGUCUUCCUGGAUGAGCUAUAUGGUCCGAGAGCUGUUGCAAGACUUCCAAAUGAAUUGUUUACAAGUGUCCGACAGCCCUUACGACGAGGAUGUGGCCAAUACUUUGCCAAUGAAACACUACGAGUUCCCAACCGGGUACAACGACGAUUUCGGCUCCGUCAGACUGAUGAUUCCGGAAGCCUUGUUCGAUCCCAGCAACGUGAAAGGCGUUGGCGCCAGCAUUCUUGGAGUUGGUCCACUCGUCACGACUAGCGUGGGCAUGUGCGAUAUGGAUAUCAGACCUAGUUUGUACGGAAGCGUGGUGGUCACCGGUGGUAAUUCCUGCCUGCAAGGUUUUAGCGAAAGACUGAAUCGAGAUUUAGCCAGCAAAACUCCUCCAAGUAUGAGACUGAAAAUAAUUAGCGCGAACAGCUCGAGCGAGCGUCGUUACGGUGCCUGGAUCGGAGGAUCUAUUCUCAGCUCCCUUGGAUCUUUCCAACAAAUGUGGCUGUCGCGGCAAGAGUACGAAGAAUCGGGUAAACUGAUUCUCGAGCGAUGCGCGUGAUCAAAAGCUCAAGCAUCAAUCAAAAUUAUUCUUCGUAAUUAUUUUUGCAAAUCGUCCGACAAUGUUGUACGUAUCUAUUUUGUAUGCCGUCGAGCGGACAGUUAGUUGCUAUCUUUAAGUUUUCUAUAAUCCUUCAGAGCGUAAGGGCCAACGUAAGACAAUACGAGCGACUAAUAUCAAACGGGUUUGCGACAGACGCGUAUAGAGCUUUAGACAAAAUUUCAACAGCAAGGAGAACUCAAUGUAUUUGCUAGCCUGUUGAAGUAAAACUGAUCGGAGUAAAAGGUGCAAUUCUUGUGGAACUCGCUGAAACAAAAUCUUCUUUCGAUGGUAGUUAAAACGCUCUUCGCAGCUGAAGCGACGAAUUCUUUCGCUUCGAUUACAUGCGUAAGUUACAGCGUAAGUUAGACGUUAGACAAAUGUAUGCGGUACGCUUCUAAAAGAAAAAAAUACAGUUCCUAACUGCUCGAACAAUCUUUCGUUUGUAAUUCACGAGCACAGAUUGGUUUACAUAUCAUAAUUGUAUCGAAGAAUCGAUGAUUCCUACGGAUAAUGAAUAUGCAGGAAAGAGGGAGCACUCUUUUCGAAAAAGAAUUUUUAUCGUUUAUUUCGAACAUAUUCACAACAAAUUACAUAUUUGAACAAUGUUUCGAUUUCGUUUGUUAUCCACGCUUCUCUCCCGCAUUCGUUCUUUCUCUUAUUUAUUUUCCUUAUAAUAAAAAGAAAAAAAAAAGGAA